AUGUCAUCCACGCAGAUAUCUACUUCAUCUAUUACGGUGCCAGAGGAUCAUACAUUGCAUCGAGAAAAUUCUGCGUUCAUCUUACUGCCUUCCGAAAAUGGAGCAUUCCUUAACCCAGUGCAGGAGUUCAACCGUGAUCUUAGCGUGGCAUGCAUAAGGGUAUGGAGUGAGAGGAACAACAGAGAGCAGGAGCGGUUGUGGGAUCUUCGUAGAGAUCGGCAGGAGGCGAAAGUGGGGGCGAGGGAUGCCAAGAGGCGGAAGGCAGGUAAGAAUAACGGAAUAUAUCAUAAAACCCACAAGAUAACCAUCCUUGAACCUCUGAGUGCCACUGGUCUUCGUUCAAUUCGAUAUGCAAAUGAGAUUCCUCUUGUGAAUUAUGUAAUCGCAAACGACCUAUCUCCGGAAGCGACAGCAGUAAUGAGGCGCAAUGUGGACAUCAACGGGCUGGGAAAAGUGAGGGUGCACGAAGGGGAUGCCUGUACAUUAAUGUAUAAUCACCGGGAAGAACGACAGCGGGUCGAUGUCAUCGAUCUUGAUCCAUAUGGCACUGCAGCUCCUUUCAUGGAUGCCGCUGUGCAAGCCGUAGCCGAUGGAGGCCUCCUAUGUGUGACGUGCACAGAUUUAGCAGUACUAGCGGGGCAGAACUAUCCGGAAAAAUGCUUCUCCAACUAUGGAGGGAUUCCAGUGAAGUCGGAAUACACUCAUGAGGCGGCUUUACGACUUGUCAUCAAUUCCGUCGCCAAUGCGGCGGCUCGAUAUGGACGAAGUAUCACCCCACUACUGUCACUUUCCAUUGACUUUUACGUGCGACUGUUCUUCAAAAUCAGAAGUUCACCUUCGGAUGUGAAACGUCUUGCUUCGAAAACUGCCAUCUACUUUGUUUGCACCUCAUGCCAGGCCUUUCACGAGCAGCCCUUGGGGAAAGCCGUCGAAAAGAUCUCAGAAAGCUCAGGACAGAUUAAUAUAAUGUAUAAAACUACCAUUGGACCGACAGUCGGAACAGAGUGUGGUGAAUGUGGUUCUAAGAUGCACGUGGCGGGUCCUAUGUGGUCGGGGCCACUGCACGAUAAUGACUUCGUGGAAGAGGUACUCAGGCUCGUGAAGGAAAACCCCAAUGCUUUUGGGACGAGUUCUCGCAUGCAAGGAAUGCUAACGGUGGCAAGCGAAGAACUUGAAUCCUCAUUCUACUUUACGCCAUCCAAGAUGGCAGGAAACUUCCAUUGCUCCAGUCCAUCCAUGCAAGAUGCAGGUUCCGCACUACUGAACGCUGGGCACAAGAUAUCUCGUUCUCACGCAUUACCUGGCUCUAUCAAGACAAAUGCCAGUCGGAAAGAAAUCCAUGAUGUCAUUCGAAGUUGGAUCAAGCUGCACCCAGUCAAGAUGAGCAACAUCAAAGAGGGCAGUCCUGCCUUUGCCCUCUUGAGCAAGGAACCAACUUCGAUCGCGGAUUUUACCAGGCAUCCUGGUGCUGUCGACUCAUCUUCAGUCAAACUCGUUCGGUAUCAGCAAAACCCUACUCCAAAUUGGGGCCCUGGCUCCCGGGCUGGAGGGAAAGCCAGCAAACGCAAACGC